GCCAUUUUCCCACUGCCAUUUUCUCCAUUGUAUCGCCAAAACUUUGGGUGCUCCCACACUUUCCUCACUGAGUGGAAUGGAGGCGGCGGCUGCGCAGAGGAGAGGGACUGAGAGGUUCCUCUCAGAUGCGGCGGCGGCGGUGAAUGAAGGAGGCGCCGAUAGGUUUCGUCUCUUCUCUCUCGUCCCGAAGACGACUCCUCUAGGGACCAGAGAACUGAGAAGCUGCGUGUCCAGAGAAGCUGAUGCGCGUCCAGAGAAGCUGCUAGGGGUGCGUCUCACGGUCUCAGUGGGUAAGGGCCGAAAAUGAGUUUUGAAUUGGGCUGGGCCUGGGCGCAUAGGCUGAAUUAAAUCUGUCUUUGUAC